AUGGUCGACCAGAAACCAACCGACUUGACUAAUUUUAGCGUUGAUCGGUCUCAACGCAAGCAACUCUUGCCACCUUACAACAUCACUGCUAAAUUGCCGGCGGACGCUUAUCCCCUCCAGAGGAUUGCACCACCUGCCUGCUUUUCGGCUCUGCGCCAGGAAGCGAUGAGUCUUUCUGCUGCCGAUGCAGAAACCUGUCAGAAGUGGUUAAAAGAGGCCACCUACCCGCGCUUUAUCCUCGAUCGUGUGAAGUAUCUCCCAGUGGAUGAAGCCAACAGCGCUUCCGCCGUCAACUCCACGACCCAGUUGACGCAGGGACGGCGACUUGCGCGUCUUGCAGCGCAUCUACUGCGUUCUCUCCUCCUCCUCCUCCUCCUCCUCCUCCUCCUCCUCCUCCCACCCCUCCUACUCAUACUUUGCAGCUCCCUGCCCCUUCUUACCCUUAAUCUC